CGCUAUGGUCUAUGGUAUGGACAUGAUUUCACUAGGUUAAGUAUCAAUAUUAUUGUCAAAUGAAGCAAUUGUACUUUUAAGCAUUUCUCUGCAAAAUAAGUGAGAUGGGUUUACUUACGGAUCCCAGAGCUGGAACUGGCAAAAUCAUAAAAUUGUUACUAAAAUGGGAGAAACCGCUGUGCUUUGUAUUAUAUGUAGGAGGAGUUAUAUGGUUGAUGCUCUUGGCGUUACCGGCGUUUAACGACAAUACUUAUUUCUCCGAAAAUGCUUUACUACCUGGACUGGUUACGAAAGAGAGUAACUUGGAACAAACGUCAAAGCAGUACUACCAUGAACUAAUUCACGAAAUGAAAAGAUAUCCGGAUAGCAUGCCUUACGCAUGGCUCUCGGCAAAAUUCAAUCAGCUUCAUUUAGAUGUAUACGUACAUAAUUUUUCCUUGAUUUAUCCAUUUCAGGAACAGAAGUUUGUAGGACAAAAUGUUUAUGGCAUUGUCAGAGCUCCACGAGCGUCAAGUACUGAAGCCAUCGUAGUCAGUGUACCAUAUAGACCUAUCAACAGCAUUUAUUUAGACACUGCGCCUUCAAUAGCUCUGUUACUUGCAUUUGCAAAAUUUUGCAGAAAACAGAAAUAUUGGGCAAAGGAUAUAAUAUUUCUUAUAACGGAGCAUGAACAGUUGGGUAUGCAAGCGUGGCUGGAUGCAUAUCAUGGCGUUACCAGUGGCCAAGAAGGGAUUUUAAUAGCAGGAGAUUUAUCAGGAAGAGCUGGGUCUAUUCAAGCUGCUAUCAAUCUUGAAUUUCAUGCAAUGAGAAUCACAUCUAUUGACGUCAAGAUAGAAGGGCUAAAUGGACAGCUGCCCAAUCUAGAUCUUUUUAAUUUAGCGCAAAACAUGAUAGCCAAAGAAGGGAUCCAACAGUCUUUCCAACGUCGAUUCGAUGUCAAUUACAGAGACAAGUUAAAAAGUUGGUGGUAUCAUUUUAAUACACUGAUGAGUAUGGUAGCAACACAGGCCACUGGGAUACCAACUGGUAAUCAUGGACUUUUCCACAGAUUCAAACUCUUUGAUUAAAAACAAAAGAUAUAUAAGGGAGUUAACAAACCAAGCAAGGUGUAUAUGCUAAUAAUAUAUUAAUGUUGCAGGCAUUUUACAAAAAGCCAGCAUAACGAGAGUUUUAUAUAAGAAAUAAGAGUUUAGAAAUGAUUCUUGUACAUAAUAUAAUAAAAAAAAUGGUAAAUGUAUGUAUGGACGGAGAAGGGGCUCCGCCCCUCCCCGUCCUCUCCGCAUAAAAAAAUAAUCUAACUCCAUAUU